GUACCAUUAUCGUGUUAACCUCAAAGAUCAUCUGUUACUAUUUCAUAUUUACUCAUUAUAAAACUUCUGAUAUUUUGAAACAUUCAUCUUUUUGCGAGUUCUUUUUUUUGUAAAACAUGUGUUAUAAUAGUGCAAUGCUUGAAACUUCUAAUUUGUCGCGUGACUUUUUACGUGCAUGUGAAAAUGGUGACAUGAGUAGAGUAGGUAUUCUUGUUGACAAAUAUAGAAUUCGCGAUUGGAGCCACUUUCGGCACUUUGCAUCUGGAGACACUGCAUUGCACGUGGCAGCAAGAGCAGGAAAUUUGAAUGUGGUGACGUAUCUGUACGAAUGUUUUGACAUGCCGGAAUUUAAAGUUAACGUUACCAACAAAGAUAUGAAAAGGCCUUUGCACGAAGCUGCACAAUUUGCGCAAGACAACGUUUUGAAAUAUUUACUGGAGAAAGGUGCAUUGGUGGAUGCUUUAAAGCGUGGUGAUUGGACACCUCUGAUGCUUGCGUGUACUAAAAGUGGUCAUGCUGCAUGUCAAUGCAUCAGUGCCCUUUUAGCCGCUAACGCUAACGCACAUUUGCGUAACAAGGAUGGCUGGACUCCUUUGCUCAUCGCUUGUCGAGUUGGUGACGAGAAUGUGGUCAAUUUAUUAUUGAAGCAUUCGCCGAAAUGCAUUGAUGAUCGAAGCAACAAUGGUCGCAACGCAUUGCACAUUGCCGCAUUUCACGGGCACCAAAAAGUGAUUAAUUUACUCACUGCAUCAAAUACGAACCUCCUGAACGCACAAGACUCUGCAGGCUCCUCGCCGCUUCAUGAAGCUGUGAAACAUGAAAAUAUGAAUGCAGCGAUAUGUCUCAUACAUUUGGGCGCUAAUGUCAGUCUAGUAAAUAAUAUUAAUCAGACUAUCUUGCAUGUUGCCGCGCUAGCUGGCAAUGUGAAAGCUGUAGAAUACAUUUUGAAACAUCACUUGAUUGAUGUGAAUUGCGAAGCUUCCUGUGGGAUCACUCCACUGAUGAUAGCUCGAAGAAAUAAUUGUAGCAACAUUAUUCAGAUUUUGAUUAGAUUUGGCGCUAAAUAAUAAAAAUCGUUUAUAAUAAA